ACGCCGUUUCUCUCCGCUGUCUUCUAUUCCUUGGAAUUCCUAUUUUGGCGUUGGGAAAGAUGGACUCGAAAUGCGGGCCAGCGUUCAGCAAUCCGCCACUUUACGGGGACCACUUCCUGCAGCGAUUGGGCGAAGAGACCAGAGAGCGCGUUAUGCGGUGCCAUAACGUUUCCGAAGAGACUGCUACCAAGAGGGACGACCGUUUCAUGAAGCGACGCCUGUGGUGCAUCAGACAAGAGUUUCCAAAUGUGGACGCUUCUUCGUUAGAAGAGUACUUUUGCAACAUGUCAAAGAAAUCGUUUCAUAGCGGACAACCCGACGUAGAGAAGUACAAAAAGGCGGGACUAUGUCUCUUCGAAGCACACGACAAACACGGAGAGCAAGCACCGGAGUUGAAAGCGGCCCAAAAGAAGUGCCUUCAAGAAGCUUUCCCGGAUGCGGCUGAUCCCCGUAUUGCCUUCGUCGAUCUCAUGGAGAAGAUCGCAGAUACGCAGCGUCACGUGUUUCACGCUCACGCAGAGGUGUUGCAUUGUCUGCGGGACUUCUUUCUUCCCCACGAGGAACAAAUGGAAGUCGAGACUUUCGAGGCCAUUUGUCGGCAACGUCUUUUGCCCGACGUGGAACCCGAUCGACUGGAGUCCGUCUUUUACGGCGGUGAUCACAACGCAACUGCCAUGCUAGACGAAAGGCUGGCUUUGUGCGUCUUCCUGGAAUCUAGGACGGGAAAGUGGGCACGGGCAGAAAUGAAGAUAUUUUACGACUGCUUAGAAGAUGUCCUGAAGCAGGUGCCCGACAGUUCUCGAAUUUCUCAUCGGAUGGGUGUGGACAUUAAGCAGGAAGUGAUGGACGAGGCACUAACGUGCGAGUCGAAAGGCGGGACCGUGAUUGUGAGUGACGGCAUCCGAAGACCAGAUCACCUGACGUGCGUUCUUGGCCUUGUGAAAGACAGACCGUACGACCAUCAGCUUAACACCACUCUUGUCUAUGACAGUCCAGAACCACAAGAAAAGAUGGCGCUGUGUCUCAGUCACAGCAGAGCUUCCAGUCAAGAGUACCUCGAAUACAGAAGUUACAAAGAGAAGAAAGAUGAGAGGAUGAAAAGCGUCGCAGAAUGCCUAGGAGGCAAAGCAGCAGAAGAGGAAGCCACCUUAACAGCCUUCAUUAGACGAAGUCUGUAGAGGUCGUCGCUCUCUGGAUAAAUAAAC